AUGACAUGCUUGACUACAACUCAAUACUCAAUUCUUAUAAAUGGGGUACCCAGUGAUCUGAUCCAACCAAAGAGAGGUCUCAGGCAAGAGGAUCCUCUCUCCCUACAAUUGUUUACUCUUUGUAUGGAGUACUUCUCUAGAACUAUGCUUGCAGUGGGUGAUCACCCUAGUUUCAAGUUCCACUAUAGGUGCAGAACUAUGCAGAAUCACACUAUGGAGUCCAUUGCUACUACUACAGAAUUAGAGUUUGGAGCUCAAGACACAUCUCUUUUGCUGGAAGAGUUCAACUAUAACUUUGUCCUUAUGAGAAUUUGUGUAUAUUGGUCGCAAAUCUUCAUCCUUCCUAAAGUUGUCUUAAAGAUAAUCAAUGCUAUAUGCAGAGCUUUUCUUUGGUUUGGGACUUAUGAGGAUGGUAGUCCUGGUUCAAUGGCUUGGGACAGGUUGUGCCUUCCAAAACAGCAAGGUGGGUUAGGUUUCAGAAACUUGUUACCGUGGAACCAAGCUGCAGUAGGUAAAUUAGCUUGGUCUAUUGCUCAAAAACAGGAUAAUCUUGGGUUAAAUGGCUACACAUGCACUGUCUAUGUGAAGGAUAAAUAUUGGGACAGUUAUGUUAUGAGCAAUCUAAUUGACAUACGAACAAAUCAUAUUUGCUAG